AUGUUUAAUUUCGGUUACAAAUUACGCAUUACAUCAUUGAGAUUAUGGCGGAACACAUUCGGAUGCAGGCGAUGGAAGUCAGAAGAUGUUGCCCCACUAACCGAUUGCGGUCCGGUAAUAGAUGAUCGUGGCAUAUGCGCAAUCGAUCCUUGUGACCCUGACAAAUGCUUUUCGGAGCCACGUGUUGUUAUCAUCGGCGCUGGAAUGGCAGGAAUCUCCGCUGCUGCUAGACUGUCGCAGCGAGGGAUAAAUAAUAUUGUCGUCUUGGAAGCCCACGAAAGACCCGGAGGUCGAAUACAUUCUUGCUGGCUUGGUGACAUUGUAGCAGAACUCGGAGCUCAUUGGCGACCCAAUAACUGGUUCACUCACCCAAUCCAUACCCUAGCUGCAACUGAGAAUCCACCGCGUCCUGGAGUACCUGGCGCUGUUCAUACAAGAGGGCUUUUUAAUAGAGUUGUCACUGGAAAAAUGGCAUUUCCUCCCACAAUAUAUGCUUAUUAUAAAUUUCGUCAAAUAGAAGAAGAAGCGGCUCAUCUAUUCUGUCUUGGUGGUAACAAACAACACGGGUCCUUAAUUAAUUUCAUGAGUCUUAGAAUACAACAAGAGUUGCACAACUAUCCACUAGAACAGCAACAUGACGCAGCCAGGAUAAUGUUUGGACUUGCGCAUAUGUUAAGUGCUCGAUGUUCGAGUGACACAGCAAUGCUUGGCGCAGAUCAGUCCGGAUGCUAUAUGAACAUGCCCGGUGGCGAAGUCAGAGUUCCUUUAGGGUUAAUGGGAACAUUAGCGCCAUUACUUCGACAAAUACCCGAAGGAGUCAUACGUUACUGCAAGCCAGUUAGCAGUAUAUAUUGGGGAACGUCACAAAGGGCAGGUUAUCGGGCUAUUGUAUGCACAACUGACGGUGAGGAAUUUCCCGCUGAUUACGUUAUUACCACGGUGUCACUCGGAGUGUUAUGUGUCAACGCGGGUAGGUUAUUUUGUCCAACGUUGCCUGCCUCAAAGAUGUAUGCCAUACGAUGUCUUGGAUAUGGAUAUUGUAAUAAAAUCUUUAUGGAAUACUGCCGACCAUUUUGGUUUUGGCACAAAGGAAAUUUGAACUUCAAUUACCACAACAAUGAACUUUCCUAUAGAUCGAAUUGGACUAGGGGUAUUACAGCCAUCGAAACGGUUCCUAAUAGUAGUCACGUGUUGUGCAUAUGGGUGAUGGGCACUGAAGCGAUGAUGAUGGAGAGUUUGUGCGACAAAGACGUAGCUGAAGAUAUAACGGAUGUAUUGAGGGUAUCGACAGGUAACAAAUACAUACCUUACCCAGUUACUGUGCUACGAUCACAUUGGACUUCCGAUCCAUUCUUUUGCGGCGCUUACUCCUAUGAUUGUUAUUGUACUGACGAACAGGCCCGGAGAGAGUUAGCAUGCCCCUUGCCCGAGCCUAGUGACCCAAUACCGCCUAUACUUCUUUUCGCCGGAGAAGCUACCGUACCUGGACAUUAUGCUACUGCUACUGGAGCUCGUUUAAGUGGUGUUAGAGAAGCUGAAAGAAUUGUACAGUUAACACUUAGAUACAAAGGCCCUCCUAUACCAGUGGGAGAACAUGUUAAGCCAAAAGUAUAUGCAACACAUGCUGGAAAGUAA